AGAUACCGGAAGUGUAACAGUCGUCAGGCCAAAAAACAAAAAUGGCUUACCAAACAUUCCAGCAAGAAUAUUUACAGAUUCCAGUGGUUACAAGGACGUACACGACCGCCUGCGUGCUCACUACAGCGGCAGUUCAACUAGAGCUCAUUACACCUUUCCAGUUGUACUUCAAUCCUGAGUUGAUAUUAAAGCACUACCAGAUAUGGCGGCUUGUGACCAACUUCCUGUUCUUCGGCCCGGUCGGCUUCAACUUCUUGUUCAACAUGAUAUUUUUAUACCGCUACUGUCGAAUGCUGGAGGAGGGCUCGUUUCGAGGCAGAACCGCUGACUUUGUGUUCAUGUUCCUGUUUGGUGGCCUUCUCAUGACUAUAUUUGGCAUGUUUGUGAGUCUUGUGUUCCUGGGCCAGGCGUUCACGAUCAUGCUCGUGUACGUGUGGAGCAGACGUAACCCCAACGUGCGCAUGAAUUUCUUCGGACUGCUCAACUUCCAAGCCCCUUUUCUGCCAUGGGUCCUUAUGGGAUUUUCCCUGUUGCUGGGCAACUCCAUCAUCGUGGACCUUUUAGGAAUUGCAGUAGGGCAUGUGUAUUUCUUCCUGGAGGAUGUAUUUCCCAACCAACCUGGUGGAAGCAGAUGGCUAAGAACUCCGUCCUUUCUUAAAAUGCUGUUUGACACACCAGAGGAAGAUCCCAACUACAACCCCCUCCCUGAGGAACGCCCAGGGGGUUUUCCCUGGGGCGAGGGCCAGCGUCUGGGGGGUUAAACGUAAACGUGGCCACUUAAAGCCCUCCUCCAUGGACUCCUACUUAUAUUCUCUUGUGCUGUAAGAAAAGACCGGGAAAAACUCGAUUUGCUCGACCUGAGUAAGGCCUGCGUUGUUCUUGUGGGUACUUUUUGUUCCCCCUCCAAGCUGUUUGCAAGACCCAAACUGACACUCGGACUAACUGCGGGUGUGGGUUUGAGACAGUACGGGAUGUUUCAGCACUGUUGCUCUUGGAGUUUGUUUGUUUUUUUUCUUUUUCCCAUCGUGUUGUGCAACAGUGAUCACUAAUGUGGAGCCACUGCAAACAAAAACGCUGGAUUGACUGAAGUCAGAGAAAAUGUAUUUUAAGUUUUCUUUUUUUUUUUUUUUUUUUUACAAAAUAAAUGUAUAUAAAACAUGCAAGUAUCUUUAACUGUUGGUUGAAUGAUCUUUCUGGCUGAAUAUCUAAAAAAAAAUAAUAAUCUCUAAUGCGAUCAGAUGAUUCAGGAAAAUAAUAAUUAUUAAGAAAAACUGGUUCACAAACAACUUUAAAAAAGUCAUAUUUGCUUUAUUUUGUAUUUAGUCUCCUACAUACAGGGGAAAAAAUGCAAUAAAGACCCUGAUUAAAUAGCG